GAAGUGGCGGCGGAGCUCGAGGCGGGACGCGUGGCGGGGGAACUUGCGGCGCUGGAGGAGGAGGAGUCUGCCUGCAGGCGCGCGCUGGAGGUCGAGGCUGUUCGGGCGGCCGACGGCAUUGCGCGGGCGCGGGGCCGCAGCGCCAGGGACGCCGCCGUGCGUGAGCGGCAGCGGCAACUUGCCGCGCAGGCCGAGUCGGCGGCGGCGACGCGGGCCCAGCUCCGGCGCGAGAGUCGCAGGAUAGAGGAGGAGGAGGCGGGGCGGCGUGGCGCCAUCGAGCAGGACGAGGACGAGGAACGUGCGGAUCUGUUAGACGCGAUGGAUCGGGACGCCGAAGUGGCGGCGGAGCUCGAGGCGGGACGCGUGGUGUGUACUCCGAGCUCUUCAAAGACCACUUUGGUGUGCGUAUCGACUUGGGUUUCUGGAGUUGCCUCCUCACGGGAGGAAGAGGCGUCACAGACACCGCAGGAGGUGCUUCCGGUGAAAGCGACGGGGACAGAAGGGGAGAUGUGCAUUGAGGGUGAGCCGAUGGUGCGCGUGGAGUCCCUGGUGUUGUCGGAUGGGCCGCAGUUGGCGGGCGAUCUCCGACAGCAGCUUGGCCAUGUCGGUCGGUCGUCGCCGACAGGCGGGUUGCGGGCGUUCGCUGCUGCUGAGGGGAAGUUUGUGGAGGCUGCGGAAGAGGCUGCAGGUGAAGUAGGCGGUGGGACCGUUGUGGCCGGCGGAGUUGCUUUCCCAUGCUGCAGCCAGUCGGUGCAGACAGCGCUGCCGCGAAGCGUGGCCGUGCAGGUCUGGGACGCGCAUUUAGAAUCACGGCGCCCAUGUAGGGCCUCGUCGCGCUCCCGGGCGAGUGGACUGUGGCAGGGCGGGGUGUUGUCGCCCCGUGAGCCUGGCAGUGGCCCAUCGAAGAGCUCAAAGUGCACGGGGCCGUCGCCGUCGUCGCGAGCCUCGGUGGUGAGUAGGGAGGUGGAGGGAGACAAGGUGCGUGUCGCCGUCUCCGUUGAGGAACUUCCCUCGCUGGAGCUGGAUUCACCGUGCUCACACGCGUCGGAGCGGCAGUGGUCGCCGUCUUUUUCUGUUACCUCCUUGACGUUGGCUGUCGCGCCGCCUGCAGCGCAGCGGCCGGGUGAAAUGGGCUCGCUGCAGCCGGUGGACGCCUCCUGUAAAAGGGCGCCGCACCCGCCGAAGCAACUGGCACGCAUUCGCCACGGCGGGCGUGCUGGGUCCUCCCUGGAGACGCCGCCGCGGCUGCAGCGCGACAGUUUGACAAGCGACGAGGAGCGGCGGACGCUCUGCCCGCACUGGGGCCUUGACAACUUUGAAUUUGACUGGAGCAGCGGCCCGUCUCCAUGCAGCACCGGCUUUCGGCGUCUUGUGCACGUGGAGACGCGGCACCGGCAGCAUGUGGAGCGGCAUGAGUUGCUUGCCCGCAACGAGGUGAGGUGGGAGGAGCUAAACCACUACCGUGCGUGGGCGCGGUGGCACGAGGCAAACAAAGACGCCAGCGAAGAGGAGGAAGGGGAAGAAACCGAAAUUGAUGGAGAAGAAGCGGCGGACGCGCACGGGCGGGUGUGGGGGGUUGCUGCCGCUGCCGCAGAGGACGGAAACGAUGAAAAGGAGAACAUUGCGCCCCGCACGGAGGUUCCGCAGCCUGCCGGUGCGGUGCAGCGGAGCCGAUCCGCCGCGUGGUGCGUCGACAUGACGGGCGGGUCGUCUGGCACCCCGCCGCACCUCCGCGAUCGCCCGUGGGCGGCGAUGCUCACGCGCCGGAACUCGCAGAGCGGCGGGAAGGGCGCGUCCGCCGUGGGGCGUCUCCCGCCGUCGACCCCGCAGGCCUGCCGCAGGACGCCCACCGACAGCUUCGGCACGGCUGGGACGCUGGUGCGGCGGGCCGCGGCAGGCGACACGCGCAGCUCCUCCCUGCAGCGAGCACCGGAGACUGUCUCGGGCAGGAGGUACGCCGAGUUUCCGGGCUACGCGCAGCGGUACGAGCAGCGGCUUCUGUGGCAGCAGCUCCAGCAGGAAGCCUCUGGGCCGCCGGCGCCGGAGCCUAUUUACCGCCGGGCAACCGCCUCGUUCCUGGAGUCUGCGGAGUGGUGCUACCAGAAAAUGUACGUCGACCGCCUUCUGUGCGCGGGACGGCGCGAUGGAAGUGUGCGGAGGUGUGCGGACGUCGUUUGCGAAGAGGUGGGUCGAGCGCAGCUGACGUGGGAACUGCAACGGAGCUGA